GUACACGUGUUGUGAAAAAAACCAUUGCAAUUGUUGCGUCAUCUUGCACAACGAAGGUUUUCUGGAGGAGAGAAAACAUCCUGAAUCAGUAAUGGCAGUCCCGAGGGUUAACGGUGUAUCACACGAUUUACAAGUGGAAGUGAGCAACUUGACUUUAAAUGGCAUAUCAGGGGAGAAGACUACUAAGGAUAUUGCAGUUUUGCAACAGAAGACGGGAACAUUUAAGGUCAAAGCGGGAUUGGCACAGAUGGCUAAAGGAGGUAUCAUAAUGGAUGUUACUACAGCAGAGGAAGCCAGAGUAGCUGAGAAUGCUGGGGCAUGUGCUGUAAUGUCUUUAGAGAGAGUUCCAGCUGAUAUUCGCAAACAAGGAGGUGUGGCAAGAAUGACCGACCCUAAGAGAACAAAAGAAAUCAUGAGUGCAGUCACAAUUCCAGUGAUGGCUAAGGCUAGAAUUGGCCACUUUGCUGAGGCACAGAUUCUGGAAGCAAUUGGUGUUGAUAUGAUUGAUGAAUCAGAAGUGUUGACACCUGCUGAUGAGUCACAGCAUAUUGAUAAACAUAAAUUCACUGUGCCCUUUGUGUGUGGUGCAAGAGACUUAGGCGAGGCCCUUCGAAGGAUUGCAGAGGGAGCUGCUAUGAUAAGGACUAAAGGACAAGCAGGGACAGGUGAUGUUGCUGAAGCUGUUCGUCAUGCAAGAACCAUUCGCAAUCAGAUUCGUCAUGCUCAAGCCCUGGACUCAGCAGAGUUGUUUUCCUAUGCAAAAGAGCUCAGAGUUCCUUUUGAACUUCUUCAAAAGACUGCAGAAAUGGGACGUCUUCCAGUGGUUAACUUUGCUGCAGGUGGUCUUGCCACUCCUGCUGAUGUAGCUUUACUGAUGCAGCUUGGGGUGGAUGGUGUCUUUGUUGGCUCUGGAAUUUUUAAGAGUGACAACCCCAAGAAAAGGGCAUGGGCAAUGGCCCAGGCUGUCACUCAUUACAGCAAUCCCAAAAAGCUUGCUGAACUCAGUGAAGAUUUAGGAGAGGCUAUGUUUGGAACACCAGUGUCUGCCACUACACACAAGUGAUAUGUUCCCAGAAAUGUUGUGCCCAUUUGCCACUUUUCAGCUUGCUUUUUAAUAUGAGAUAGUGUGAAUUUUCUUUCUAGUUCCAUUGAAGCAAAUAACAAUGGGAAAAAGGAAGAAAGUGAUUUGAGUAAUAAAUAAUUAUUUAAUAGUAGUAUUUAAGUAAUGUUUAUAAAUCUCUCUUGGGUAGUUCUGGGAACAUCUAGUUAAGUAGAGGUUCUCUUUUUAUGUUUUCUUGUUAUGUGAAUGUGGUCAUUGUUAUGGCUGAUAAAAAUUUAUGGCCCAUUGAUAAAAUUAUCAGCAUCCUCUGAAACUUAAUGAGUUCUUUUAUACUUCCAAGACAACAUCACACAGUAUAAUGUUAGGUCAAGAGUAUUGUCUCAACAUAUCGCAAGCCUUUUUUCAUCCCAUUUUAUUUUAUAUUCUUUAUUUGAACUUCUUGUUUACUUUUUAAGGGAGUCACUUGGUUAAAUUAUAUUAUUAUUAAAAGUAAAAUUAGUGUCAAAGUGUUUCUGUCCAUGCAUUUAAGUGGUGUAUAGAAUGAUGAUGUUUGGUUUUAUCCUAUAUUAUAUUCAUAACUGCAUUAUAAGAAAUAGACUCAGACUCUGACAGGCUUUAAUUUACCUGUAUUUAUAUUAUUUUUAGUUAUAUUAUUGAUUUGCUGGGUAUAUACAAGUUAAACCAAAUUACUUUUAGUAUCAAAAGGCUAUUUGUCAUAUUUUAAUGUGCAACUUUCCAAAUUGCAAACAGUUAAGUUCUACAAUACAUAUAUCUUAUUAACCAAGUGGGAGGGCCGUACUGCGAGAAUAUUGGCCAGAGGUCUUGACAGUAUGGA